CUCCAUCGUUAUCAGCGAUUUAUACCCAAAAUCUAGCUUCAGAUUCUAAUUUAUAUGCCCCUUCCGAGUGAAACAGGGUUCAUCCGUGUAUUGUUAAUUGGUUAUCUGCUUCUGUUAUUUACAUAAAUAGAUCUACAAGUAUAUCAUACCAUCAAAGUAUAUAUAAUCUGUUGAUUUACCUCUAGAGUAAAAAUGUCGACCCUUUCGUCCAACGACCCGACAACAGUCUAUCCAUUACAGGGCGAGGGCACAGAAGGGCAACCCAACUCCUCUAAUCACGAAUACAAGAAGUCUUAUCCUCCUGCUGAAGCUGAGUAUGAAGAAAUCGCUCAAAACCCAUUCGUUUUCAACGAAAAGCUCAAGGGUUUUCACGAAUCAUUCGGUACCAGGUUGAAGGUUCCUACUAUUGGAGGGAGGGCUCUAGAUCUGCAUCGUCUGUUUCUAGAAGUCACAUCUCGAGGUGGCAUUGAAAAGGUUAUCAGAGAUCGUAAAUGGAAGGAAGUGAUUGCAGCCUUAAAUUUCCCGUCAACAAUAACAAGUGCAUCAUUUGUCGUACGGAAGUACUAUCUAUCGUUGCUCUAUCAUUUUGAGCAGGUUUAUUUCUUCCGGAAAGAAAUCCCUUCUAUUCCACUGGAUGAUCCUGCAAGCAGGAGUCCCGAGAAUGGAUCACCAGCCUCACAUUUAUUUGAGGAGGGCACCACUAUGAAUCAAUUGGCAGUGAAUUUCAUUGUGGAGCCUGGGAGUUCUGUCACUGGAACCAUUGAUGCAAAAUUUGACAAUGGGUAUCUGAUAACUGUCAAUUUGGGUUCCGAGAAGCUGAAAGGUGUCCUUUAUCAUACUUCUUUGCCCCCACAUGUGUCUCAGAAUUCUAAUGCUUCAGCUGAGCCUCCUCAUCAGAACCCCAAGAGUUACCAGCUGACAUUUAAGGAUCCCUCCAGGCCCAAAUCAAAUAGGAGUGGUUACAACUUUUUCUUUGCGGAGAAUUACAACAGGCUCAAACCUUUGUACCAUGGGCAAGAAAAAGAGAUCACCAAGAAAAUUGGAGAUUUAUGGAACAGGCUCACAGAUGCUGAAAAACAGGUUUAUCAGGACCAAGGGAUGAGAGACAAGGAGAGAUACAGGAGCGAAAUGUUGGAGUACAGAUCUUCCAACAAUUCAAAUGCUCAAUAGUUUAGACGUCUUUAGGUUAAUUUUGGCCACAUAUUUCUCUGAACAUCAUCAACCUUCUCCUCUCGUUCCUUGCUUGUACUGUGUUGUGUUGUUGUUUUCAGUCUUAUUUCUCUGUUACUUUGGAGUUCCAACAGACAAAUUAGUCCCUUUAUGGGAGUUUUUAACGGGGAAAUUCAUGUAAAAUAUAGGUUAACUUUCCUA